CAAAAUGACCCCAGACUCACAUUCAUAUCACGACCGUAAGAGGUUGAAGGCGCUUCACGGCCGUUAGACCAGAUAAAUUCUCACAAUUUCCUUCCAAACACUAUCGACAGACGUGGUUUCACAGCCAUUGUGGUCGAAUUGGAAACCAGCUGAAUUUUUGGGUCGACAGUGAGUGCAUUUUCGAGUGAUUUUUUGCGUUGAGGAUAAAACGAUGGCCGCCGUCGCUGCUGCUCAGAAAAACCGAGAAAUGUUCGCCAUCAAGAAGAGCUACAGUGUUGAGAACGGAUAUCCAGCCAGGCGUAGAUCACUAGUUGAUGAUGCCCGGUUCGAAACGUUGGUCGUGAAGCAAACCAAGCAAACGGUCCUGGAUGAAGCACGACUUCGCGCUAAUGACUCUAGCGUAGAUCCAGACAGUGAGGACGAACAAUGCAACCAGCCAGAAGAGCCAACCAACAAGGACGACACCGGCUUGACCGAGGAGGAAAUCGUGCUGGCCAACGCCAUUACCGAAGAUCCAGAGUCGGAGAAGAUCAUCCAAAGAGCCGCGUUGAUUCUGCACUUGAAGGACGGCAUGAGUUCGCUGGCGCGCGUGUUGAAGUCGGUCGAGAAGAACCAAGGAGUGGUGGUGCAUUUGGAGACGCGCCCCAGUCAGGGCGAGAGCGCCCGACUGGACACGCUGCUGAAGGUUGACAUGACCAGGAUCAACAUGCUGCUGCUGCUGAAGAACCUCAGACAGUCGCAGACGCUGCAACACGCCACCCUGAUUGGGGAGGACAAUAUUUCCGCCAAGAACCCGUGGUUCCCGCGACAUGCCAGCGAGCUGGACAGUUGCAACCACCUGAUGACCAAGUAUGAGCCCGAUCUGGACAUGAACCAUCCGGGCUUUGCUGACAAGGUUUACCGCGCCAGGCGCAAGGAGAUCGCCGAAAUCGCCUUUGCCUACAAAUAUGGAGACUCGGUGCCCUUCAUCGAGUACACCGAGACGGAGAACAAGACCUGGAAGUCCGUGUUUACUACGGUGGUCGAUCUGGCCCCCAAACACGCCUGUGCUGAGUACCGCAGAGUCUUCAAGGUGCUGCAAGACGAGGGCCUGUUUGUGCCGGACAAAAUCCCCCAACUUGAAGACAUGUCGAAGUUCAUGCAGAGGAACACCGGAUUUACUUUGCGGCCUGCGGCCGGUCUGCUCACCGCUCGCGACUUCUUGGCCUCGUUGGCCUUCCGCAUCUUCCAGAGCACUCAGUAUAUUCGCCACAUCAACUCGCCCUUCCACACUCCAGAACCCGAUGCAAUCCAUGAGAUUCUUGGGCACAUGCCCCUGCUGGCCGACCCCAGUUUCGCCCAAUUCUCGCAGGAGAUUGGCCUGGCUUCAUUGGGCGCGUCUGACGAAGAAAUCGAAAAACUCUCCACC